AUGUGCUUUCGGCCAGACCGCUUGUUCUCCAAGAGCUGGUGCGGCACUGGCCCCUUUUUGAGCCCAGAAGCGCUUCUGGGAGACGUCGCCCCAGCUGCUGACAUGUGGGCUAUUGGCGUCAUGGCCUUUGCGCUCCUAUCUGGCGACCUUCCAUUUCAGGCGUCCUCGCUGUCUGAGCUGCCUGAGGCACAUCAGCGAUCAUUGAAGGACGAGGCAGUUUUCAAGCAGAUCUCUAAACCCGCUACGCAGCUGGUACUCCAACUGCUCGACCUGGAGCAGGAGAAGCGGCUGACCGUCGACCAAGCUUUAGAGUUACUGGAAGCAGAGAACGGCUGCUUGGCGGAAGCGAAGACUAGGCAAGAGCCGCUACCGUUGGCUCGCUGCCAGCGUGUACGCAGCGAGUGCUGGAGCAGUUUCUGUCCGGACCACAAGCCGCCAGAGGUUAAGACUCUGUACCUGGUGCGUCACGGUGAAGCUGUGCACAACAUCAAAGAAAGACAGGCGCAGCAGACGGCAAAGCAGCAAGCCAUGUCUGAUGGGCUCACGCCCAGCUCUGGUGAGUUUCAGGCGCGAGUGGAAACGGCCAGGAAGCAGGUGCUGCAAGAUGAGACUCUGCACGAUGCUGCGCUCUCACCUUCCGGAAAGAUGCAGGCACUGGACGCCUUGGCUGAAAUCAAGCGGCUUACAAUGCAAGGCUAUCCGCAGCCUACUGCCAUCUACGUCUCUCCGCUGCAAAGAACACUGCAAACAGCGGCAAUCCUCUUUCCAGAACAUCCUGGCAUUCACGUCCGUGAAGAGCUUCGUGAGCGUCGCACGGGUUUGCCUUGCGACGAGCGGCAGUGCGCAGACCAAGUCGCGAUGCGAAAUACCUUCAACUUCAUGUCUUUCGAUGAGUUGCGCAGUCAUGACCGGCACAACUCACGAAAUGCAGAGGAUGGAGAGGAGGACAAGAACGAGCUGCGCAGCCGUACCGGUCUCAUGGAAACCUUCCUGAGAGAACAGGCAGACACCUGCUUGGCCGUGGUCACCCAUAAGGGCUACCUGCGGGAGCUGGAGCGGGGUCGCCUCGGGGUCCCUGAAGCUCGGGAGUUCGACAAUUGCGAGGUUCGCGUGUACCAGGUUACACUUCCCGCUGAAGGCGGGAUGCUCGCCAAGAGGCUUUACAUCCGAGCCCGAUAG